AUGGGACUGUACCACCAAAACGUGCUGGAAAGAUUCAACGGUAAGGUGUACCAACGUGGCCAGACAUAUCCGAAGGACUGUAACACGUGUACCUGUAACGGUCUGACAGGAGGAUGGGACUGCACCACUCAGACAUGCUGGAAACAAUGUACAUACGGUGGAAAAGUGUAUCAGCGCGAUCAGACUUAUCCCAAGGACUGUAACACGUGUACGUGUAAUGGACUUACUGGACUGUGGGACUGUACCGCCAACACCUGCUGGAAAGACUGUAGAUUCAACGGCCAGGUGUACCAACGUGGCCAGACACACCCACAGGACUGUAACACGUGUACUUGUAACGGUCUGACAGGAGAAUGGGACUGUACCACCAAAACAUGCUGGAAACAAUGUACAUACGGUGGAAAAGUGUAUCAGCGCGAUCAGACUUAUCCCAAGGACUGUAACACGUGUACGUGUAAUGGACUUACUGGACUGUGGGACUGUACCGCCAACACUUGCUGGAAAGACUGUAGAUUCAACGGCCAGGUGUACCAACGUGGCCAGACAUAUCCAAAGGACUGUAACACGUGUACUUGUAACGGUCUGACAGGAGAAUGGGACUGUACCACCAAAACAUGCUGGAAACAAUGCACAUACGGUGGAAAGGUGUAUCAGCGUGAUCAGACUUAUCCCAAGGACUGUAACACGUGUACGUGUAAUGGACUUACUGGACUGUGGGACUGUACCACCAACACCUGCUGGAAAGAAUGUACUUUCAACGGUAAAGUAUAUCAACGUGGCCAGACCCACCCAAAAGACUGUAAUACGUGUACGUGUAAUGGUUAUACCGGGCGAUGGGACUGUACCACAGAAACGUGUUGGAAACACUGUAGAUUCAACGGCCAGGUGUACCAACGUGGCCAGACACAUCCGAAGGACUGUAACACGUGUACAUGUAACGGUCUGACAGGAGGAUGGGACUGUACUACCGACAUCUGCUACAAAGGUUGUGUGGACGGCGAUUACAAAUAUUAUGAGGGAGAAGCCUUCCGGAAGGACUGUAACCUGUGUGUGUGUCACGCCAACCACGUGAUUGCCUGCUCGUCAACGCCUUGCGGAGACGGAUGCCCAGCAGGUGGCAUCACACCAUACCAGUGCGGGAGUGCCACGUGCCAAAACAGCGUAUGUCCCGCUUAUCCUGAGGCACAGUGUCUUGGUUUCUGCAACAGGUGUAUAACCCGAUUUUUCGUUCAAGGAAAUGACGUCACUGACUACUGCAGUUGCGAUUAUCAUGGCGUAUUGAGAAAGUACGGCGAAACGUUUUUCCACAAGUGUAACAAAUGCCUGUGUUUGGAGGGCCGUGGAGUGGCUUGUAGUAAACACCCCUGCCCCCCAGGUGGUGGAACGGGAAUCCCCCCUGUGAUUAAGCUGCCCAAAACUCCGCCCCCCGUUAUCCCUAUAUCUGGACCCUGUGACCAUUUUUGCCCCUACGACCCCUGUUCGGAAGUCUGCAAGUCCUUUCCCAACGCCAAGUGCCAGCCUGAUCAUUGCGGAUCAUGUACCCCCAAAUACACAGUGGAUGGUGUUACUGUGAACUGCAAUGGUAAGAAAAUUCCGUAUCAGUUCGGUCCGGUGCGGCGUGGCGUUGUCGUCCUGAUACACAAAGUUUGCCCUGAAUUGUUGCCGAGCAAAUGGGAGCAUUAUCGUUUCCAGAAUCCGUUGAUAUUGGUGCUGGUUCAUGUGUCCAUCCAAGACGUGCAGGUCGCAUUUACCAGUGCUAUGAAAAGCACCCCAGACGGUGACCCCACCGCCCCCGCCUUGGACUCUGGGCAUGAUGCAAUCUUCGUUCAGAGCCUCGUGAGCCUGACGACGCACCAUCACACGGCCAUCUUCCCGGUAGACGACAAAACGAGACUCAUCACUGAAUAUCACGUGUCGCCAGUGUCCCACCUGCCAGUUCAGGUGUUCCCGCGCCCAGGAUAA